UUGAAUAUAUUAGAGCAAUUACAAAGAAUCAAAGUUACAGCCAAUGUAUUAAGGAAAACAAAUAUCGUACAAAACGUUAAAAAACUUAAAGAAUCUAAUCAUCCAAAAUUAUCAAAGAAGGCUAAUAAAAUUAUUAAAAAAUGGAAAAGGGAUCUUAAGGAUGAAAAAGAAAGUAAAAAAAGAUUGAUUGGACUCUUUUUGAUAUCUUCAAGACAUGCAUCAUCAAGUUCAUCUAUCUCUUCAAUGUCUUCAAUGUCUUCAAUGUCUUCAAGUGAUUCAGAAACUUCUUUAACAGCAAACUCAUCGACUCCAAUUGAAAAUAAACGUACAAUUCAAACAGAUAAUAUAAGUUUCCUUAGUACUGGGAAUUCAGCUCGAGAUAAAGCAACUGAAUUAUUUUACUCUUCUAUUGGUUUAGAUAGCAUUGCAAGUCCAGAGUUAUUACUUCAUCGUGCUAUUAAGAUUGAAACUAAAAUAUUUGAAUUAUGUAAUGAAUUUAUUAAUACCACUUACAAAUUAAAAAUUCGUUCACUUGCUUUAAACUUGAAAAGUAAUCCAAACCUAAGGGAAAGAGUGAUAAAUGGUGAAAUAUCGAGUGACAAGUUAUGUAAAAUGAGUACUGAAGAUAUGGCUUCUGAAGAAUCUAAAGAAAGAAAUCAAAAAUUAGCAGAGGAAGCAUUAUUUAAAGCAAGAGGAAUAGUCAUGUCUGAAAAGCAAGCAGAAACUGAUAUAUUUCAGUGUAAAAAAUGCAAUAAAAGAACAUGUAUUUAUUUUCAAUUACAAACAAAGUCUUCAGAUGAAUCUACGACAAUUUAUGUUUUAUGUGUUAAUUGUUCUCAUCGCUGGAAGGUAAGUAUCCUUUCCCCCCCUUUAUUCAAUAUGAAUAUCAUAAAGAGUCACUUAUUCUAA